UGUCCGGCGGCUAACGUGCCCCUCGGAGCCGGAGAGCGCCGCUCGCCUUUGCUUCUCCUUCUCCUCGCGGCGGUGUCUGAGCAGCCGCGAUCCUGCCUUCCAGGGCACUCACACGCGAGCGGGGCCCGCAAAGCCUUUUCGGAUUGGUGAAAUUAAACUACACGUCAGUAAUGCAGGAGGAGCAACAGCCCGAGGCUGCUGCAGAUCCAAUGUCUUCCUCCGAUGCACUGGAAGAUGACCAAAAGGAAACUUCAGACGCAUCACCGAAUAUUUCUGAUGCAGAUGCAUUUAAAAUUCUCCUGGAGAUGAAGAUGAAGAAGAGACAGAAAAAGCCCAAUCUACCAAGCACGGUGACCGAACUUGUCACUGAGGAAGGGUCUAAGGUGUUCGUGGUUGGUACUGCCCACUUCAGUGACAGCAGCAAAAGAGAUGUAGCGAAGACAAUACAGGAGGUACAGCCUGAUGUGGUUGUGGUUGAGCUUUGCCAAUACAGAGUUUCUAUGUUAAAGAUGGAUGAAAAUACAUUACUAAAGGAAGCCAAAGAAAUCAAUCUGGAGAAACUUCAGCAAGCUAUAAAACAGAAUGGAGUCAUGUCAGGACUAAUGCAAAUGCUUCUGCUGAAGGUCUCUGCUCACAUCACAGAACAGCUGGGAAUGGCCCCAGGAGGGGAAUUCAGGGAGGCUUUCAAAGAGGCUGGUAAAGUACCUUUCUGUAAAUUUCAUCUUGGGGACAGACCCAUCCCUGUUACGUUUAAGAGAGCCAUCGCUGCACUUUCUUUCUGGCAAAAAAUCAAGCUUGCUUGGGGCCUCUGCUUCUUAUCUGACCCAAUCAGUAAAGAUGACGUGGAGAAGUGUAAACAGAAGGAUUUACUGGAGCAGAUGAUGGCUGAAAUGAUUGGAGAAUUUCCUGAUCUCCAUCGAACAAUUGUAUCGGAGCGAGAUAUUUACUUGACCUACAUGUUGAAGCAAGCAGCUAAGCGAAUAGAACUACCUCGUGCUUCAGAAACUGAACCCAGAAAAUGUAUCCCGUCUGUUGUAGUUGGAGUGGUUGGGAUGGGUCAUGUUCCUGGAAUAGAAAAGAACUGGAACACUGACUUAAACAUCCAGGAAAUCAUGAGUGUGCCUCCACCGUCAACUUCGAGUAAGGUUCUCAGAUUUGUCAUAAAGGCAACAGUUUUCGGACUGAUGGGAUACGGCUGCUACCGGGUAGGACAAAGGACAGUUCAAUUUAUUCUCUCGAUGCCAACAACACAGAACUGUCUUCAGAGGCUGACGGAAAUUAGACCUCGACAUUGAAGGCCCAGUUGAAAUACUGUCUGGAGAUAAUUGCAGAAAAGAGUUCUAAAGACAACACAUGCUAAUUGGGAUGAAAAAGAGGGACUGAGGAUUCUUGUCAUAGGUUCCAUUUGAUGCUGAGCAGUGCUGAAUUGCUGUGAAGUAAAUGGGUUGCUAUUAAAAGCUACACCAGCUGUGACCUAAUGAAUAAGUCUGCUUCCUGAUAAGUGUGUGGUAUGAAAGUACAUGAUUCCAGUUUGAGGUAAAUGAAAUAUGUUACACAUAUAUAUUAUAUAUCAUAUUAUAUAUUAUGUGUAUAUAUAAUAUAUAUUUAUGAUGAUGUAGUACAGACAGCAUAAAGAGUGUAUAUUCUUGACUUUUUUCAGAGGAACAGAGCAACAUAAGGUAACUUAAUUAUGUUUCUGCUCAACAGCGCAAGGACACCUCUGAGUAGUGGUUCGGUAUAAUAAUACCAAAGGAUCAGUCCUGGUGCUAAGCACCUAUAAAAUGAUUUAGAAGGACAUCUUCUUACAGAAAAUUUUGUAUACGUUUAGGUUUUUUUUAAACUUCAGAGCUUUCAAAAAAAAAUAUCAGAAUGGUACAGGCUGUCAGACGUACACCGCCAAGUUUCUUUGAGCCUUAUUAAAGAACUGAAACGUUGCCUUUAGAAUUACAUCUCACCUUAGAGACAUCAGUAAUCGUUUUCUCCUCUGUUGGAAAGGUACGUACCUUUAUCAGCAGGUGUUGGUUAACUUCCAGUGUUUACAGGGCACUCUGUUCUUUUUGGAUUCAAUUAUUUAACCAUAUUAGUUAGCCAAAUCCUGUUGGCUUUAAGUUCAGUAUUGUAAACUUUUGAGGCUAGAACUACUGUCUAAUUUACUUUUCAUGUCGCAAAGCUUUCUUUAUUUGGACAAUAUGUCUGGGGUUGAUAUGUAGUACUUGACUUUACUUUUCUCCCCCCAUACAUGCAAUGUUUUGUUUAUCAGUAUAAUUUUUCAGUGGAUGAGUAUUUUAUCUAUUUAAUAGAAAAGCAAAAAUCAAUUAAUUUUUUUAACUAGCUAUGGGGUUUGGAGUUUUUUUUCUUUGCUGUUUGUAGAAUUAUGGGUAUGACUUCCACUACUGUAAGUGUACAUCUACUUCUAAUCCUAUGUUCAUUAUGUUUUAUAGUUCUUUCUGUAUCCAUUAGACAGGAUUGCCCUUAAUUAUAAGUGCCCUUGGAAACAAACUAUUCCCUCCCCAAUGGUAUAGCAAUCAUAAUUGUCAUAUCGAUAAUGUUUUAAUCUCUUUAUUUUAUGUGAAAGAGGUCCAUGUGCUACUGGAGCUCGUAUGCAAUUGCAAAUUGGUUGAAGUGAAGUCCAUAUCCGUUCUUAGGGCCGGCAAAGGAAGCAGGUGCUUGGGGCGGCCAAUGGAAAGGGGCGGCACGUCCAGGUCUUUGGCGGCAAUUCGGCGGCGGGUCCCUCACUCCCUCUCGGAGGGAAGGACUUGCCGCCGAAGAAUGAAGCG